CAGGCGCGAUAGAAAACUCCAUUAUUUUUUUUGCACGGAAUCUGCAAGAAAAAAAUAACAGUGGGCUAACUAUGAAUUAAGGAUUAAUGGAUCGAUUCAGAUGUUGGAUAUACAUAUCGGAUUGCACGGUUAUUUCAUGAAAGAGUGACGGGAGUAAGGGUCGGGUGAUUGUGCAGCCGGAGCGGGACAUCCUUCUUCUUGGGACAGUGAAGAAUCAACCCUUCACAUGGACAUGAACUGAGGACUUUCUCAAGGAGUUAUUUUCCGAAUAGCGGAUUCGCAGGAAGCACAGUCUUUACGGAACAUCAAAUCGGUGUUUCUCAGAGUCUGUCCUUCCAAACAACCAGCAUGCACAGCGGACCGCGGAUAUCCUAGCCUAAACAGAUCCUGGCUUUCCAAAGAUGACAAGGUUCUGGAAGACAGACGUCACAAAAUGAUGGGAGGCAGCGAGACUGUCAGUGGGGACAAGGAUGGGGUCCAGGCCAUAGCAAUACACGUCCCCAUUGGCUGGCAGCGCCGGCUAGAGAGCGGACAGGUGCUCUAUGUCAGUCCCAGUGGCACUUGCCUGUCUUCUCUGGAGGAGGUCAAGGCCUACUUGUUGACCGAUGGCACCUGCAAAUGUGGCCUAGAGUGUCCACUUGUCAUCCAAAAGGUGUUCAACUUCGGCACGGCUGUUAAGGUGGAGCAGCACAGCCAACCACUGGGCAAGGCGGAGCAGGAUAUGACCAAACUCUGCAACCAUCGCAGGAAAGUGGUUGCCAUGGCCACGCUGUGCCGCAGCAUGCAGGCGUCACAGCUGCCCUUUGCCACCCUCCAUCCUCCAGAGCGCCACAGCGGCCUGUCGGACCACCGCGAGCCAAAGAGGAUGGCGCUGGGCGGGCGCGCCGACCGGGAGGAAGAGGAGCGCUGUGCCUACCCCCCCAAACCCCACCCCCACCCCGCCCGCGCCCACGGCAACCUCCAGCCGCCGUCGGGCUGCACCAGCCCCCGGACCUCCCCGGGGCCCCUGUACCCCUACAACGGCUCCUCCCCGCUCCGGUCGCCCCGCCCCACCGCGACGCCGCAGAAUCUCAGUCAAAGCCAGAGGUCCACCCCCAAGACCCCCGAGACGCCCGGCUCGCCUCGCCUGGGGCCCCUCUCCCCGCCGCCCUCCUCCCCGCUGGCCCCGGGCCCCCGUCACCCCCACGGCUCCGUGGCGGCGGGGUCUCCCCUCUCCCUCUCGCCGGCCCCCUCCCCCUCCAUCCACAGCAUGAGCUGCGUCUCGCCGCGCCAGCGCUCCCGCCACCCCUCCGCCUCCUCCCUGCUCCUGCACUUCUCCAAGUACAAGCUGGAGGACAUUCUGGAGCAGUUUAAGAACUCAGUGGGGAGUGCGAUGGGCAGUGUGGGCUCCGCGGGGAACUUGGGACCGCUGGGUUUCGGGUCCUCUGGUCUGCCUUUGGGGGUGUUCCUGAACCACCAUCAGAGCCGGCCGCCGCACCCGACUUCCUUCCCCGCUAGCAGCUUGCUCUCCGCGGCCGCUAAGGCCCAGCUCGCUAACCAGACCACCCAGGGCCAGAGCUUGCACACGGGCAGCAACCCGGCGAGCUCGGCCUGUCCUCUGGAGCUCCUGAAAGAGACCCAGCAGCAGCAGCAGCAGCACCCCUCCCCGCACCCCUCCUUCCUCUUCCCUCCAUCACACCCUCUGGCCCAGUCCCUGGUGGCGUCCGCUCAUCACUUACCCCCCGCGGUGGAGCGCAACGCCUCACACCGGAAGCGCCACCGGCAGUCGCCCACGGUUCUGAGCAUGCUCAGAGAGACCCAGCAGCUCGCCAACGGGCCCCGGAAGACGCCGCCGGGAGACCUCCUCUCCACCGCCAUCAUCAACCUGUCCACCUCCUCGUCGUUUCCCCCCUCCUCGCACCCUUCCUCUACCUCAGCCGCACACAACCACGCCAUCGCCCUAGAGAACCACUACCAUCUCCCCCCCGGACAGAUCCCCCCCCGGCUACCCGCCGCCGCCCAUCAAAUGGCACCCAACGCUGGGCCUUCCAGACAAAUGGAGGCCCUGGACUUCACUACAGGCCUGACGGCCAACACGGGGCCUCCGCCGGGGCUGGAUCCCCCGACGCAGCCCCUCUCCGCCCUGUUGCACCUGCUGAGCGUCCAGAACGCUCAGGCCUCGGCCGCGGCCACCAUCUCAGCCUCCGCCCAACUGGGGUCUUUAGCCGGGGGCGGGGGCAGCGGCGGGAAGGGCGGCAAGCGGCAGAGCCCCAGGCCGCCGCUGUGCGCCUCCAAGCCCUCGUCCCUCGGCCGCUCCCUAAAGACUCAGUCCCCCAGCCGGUCCAGCCCCGUGCAGAGACUCUGCUCCCCCUCCAACCCCCACUCGCCCCGCUCCCGCACCACGCCCUCACCCUCCGCCUCGGAACAACAACAACAACAACAACAACAACCGCAGCAGCAGAGGCGCCCCGCCCCCGGGCACCACCGUGCGGCGGGGUCGCUCUCCAGAGCGCCCUCGCGGGAGUCCCUGGGGCUGCUGGUCUCCAUGGCAGCGCAGGCCACAGACGUGCCGACGCCCGGGGAGCUGAGCUAUUCUCAGGGCGCCGCGGCCACGGCCACCUCCCCCAAGCCUCUGGAUCUCAGCAACCACGUCCUGAACCUGCUGGCCUCUUCGUCCACCUCGCCCCAGGUGGAGCAGAGCUCCUCGGACCGGACCCAGAUGGGAAACCACAGCGCAGAACCAGGAGAGGGUGUCGGUGUUGACGCUGACACCACCUCCACGGGGGCUAAACCCUCCCCAGACACUAGCAGAGGCCCUACACCGGGCCACCACCACCACCACCACCACCAACACCACCACAGCAGCCCUCCUCCACCUCAUCCCCAGCCCCCCGGGGACGGAUCCGGCCCCAGCACCCCCUCCGCCCUGGCGGACAACACCACCCUCUCUCUGGCCGAGGCCUUCCCCUUCAUGAACCAGGAGCAGCUGCUUCAGCUGCUGUCCACCACCGGGGGGUUGCCCUCUCUCCUGGACCCCGCCGUCCUGGCCUCUCUGCCCCUCGGGGGGAUGUGGAUGUGCGGGCAGCAGGGGCAGGGUCCGGCCUCCCAGCAGAACCUGUCGGAUCAUCUCCCGGCCGACCCACAGUCCCCAGAGAUGAUGAUGCAGCAGCAGCAGCAAGACACGGCGCAGCACGCCCAGGAUCACCAACACAAGCAGCAGCAGCACAUGAACAGCAACCCGCUGUUCCCCCUGUUGCCCCUGUUGUUCGGCGCCCACGGGGACCUGCCGCUGGGCCUGCUGAACCCGCUCCCGCCCCCGAACGGCCCCGCCUCCAACCCGGGGCAGGAGGCCGACCUGGGGCUGGCGGAGAAACCCAGCCUCCAGGCUCUGCUCAUGGCCUCCCUGCUGCUGGGCCAACAGCACGGCCCCAUGUUACCUCUCUCUGGACUAUCGGGACUGGGCCAGCUGGGCCUGGAGCUCCCCCUCCACCAGUCGCAGCAGCUCCCGGCCUCCCUCGACGGCCUCCCGCCGUUGGACAAGAGCACCGGCCUCCUGGACCCCUCGGGCCUCCAGGGGCCCAGCCUCCUAGAGAUCCUCCCCGCCCUGCUGGCCGCCGCGCUGGCCGGCUCCGCCGAGCUCCACCCGCCUCCCCUCACCCAGCUAGCCCCCACUGCACAGCAAACCCAACACACCCCACCUCAGAACAGGGCCCUCUUCCUCCUCGUCAUCCUCCCCUCUCCCCGCUCUUCAUCUCCCCAGGUGACCUCUGACCCUGCCGGCGACACCCUGAUCCCGCUGCCUCUUCAGGGCAAGGACAACCACCUCCUGCAGCAGCUGCUGCCCUCGCUGCUCAACCCGGCCGUGCUCGGUGAUCUUUCGGGCCUCGCUGGCUUUCACAACAUGGUGGGUCUGGGGAACGGGGCUCUGCUCUUGCCCCCAGUUCAAGCCUCUGCUUUGGGCAUGCCUCUGCUGCAGGGCCCUGACGGAGCCAUCAACCUGCUCAACAACAUACAGCUCAACAUCGCACCGCCCACAGAGGAAGACAAGCCAAUGUCGUUGGGAGGAACACAAAGCCCCGCCCCCCACGAAGAAAUGCCGGCCAAUCAGCUCGCUCCCCUGGCGGUCCCCAGCCCGACCCGCUCCCCGGCCCCAGACCUGCCAGCCUGCCCGCCCGCGCCCCCCCAGCAGCGAGGAGGCCCGGAGGGCGGCUCGGCCCGGGGGGUCGGGGCGGGCGGGGGCGGCGGGGGCCUGAUCGACCCGUACACCUCCUUCAUGGACACCAUCUACACCUCCUUCCUGCAGGUCAGCGCAAAAGAGCAGGAGGAGGGCGCCCAUUCGGGGCCCGCGGACCCCACCUCGCCCUUCUGUGCCUUACCCCCCGUCUCCUUCCCCUCGGCGCUGGUGGAGGAUGCCUCCGCCCACCCCCCCCCCCCGCCGCUGCCCCAGGCCGGCGCCCCGGCCUCGCUCAGCCCCCGGCGGGCCUGCUCCCUCCGCCACCCCGACCUGUCCCGCCUCAGCCUGGAGGCGGCCGCCGCCGCCCACUCGCCGGCCCAGGGCGCGCCCAAGCCCAGCGAGGCGGGGGCCUCCUCGCCCACCUCCCAGAGGAAGACGGGGGCCCGCGUGGCCGAGGGGCAGACCCGCCACGAGCCCCCGCUGCCCCCCAUCUACCUGGAGGAGGCCAAGACGGACUCCCGGCCCUACGGACACCCGGGGCCCGAGAGGCAGUGCGGGGUGACCCUGGGUCAGGCCGGGGGCUACCUGGGCCCCAGGGACGGGGCCGGCGGGCGGCCCAAGGAGGAGGGGGGCGUAGGGGCCAUGCUGCUGCACACGGACCAGGGCAGGGAUCAGGUCGCCCCGACGGUAGGAGCCAGGAGAGGAAGGAAGAGGAAACAAACGCUACAGAAUGUUCUAGAAGACUUUAGAGACAUGGAAGCCCCAGGCCUAGAGGAGACCAGACCCACGGCGGUCCUGCUGAAGCCCGAGAGGUCGGUCCGGGGACGGCGGCGACGUGGAGCCAGGUCUCAGAGGCAGUGAUUGGUGGGAGAGGAAGAGG